GCUUUGGAGGAAGGAGGCUGGGACCCGGCUGGCUUUCCCUGUUCCCUCCAGGUUGGCAGCCGCCUGGCAGUGGCGGAGCCUGGUGUUGGGUGUGUGGGUGUGCACCUCGCCGGUGUUGUCUGAGUGUUGUCAGUGCAGCGUGACUGUUGUCUGUCCCCUGAGUGUAAUGACCCCCGCGUGGCGGGUGUCCUGGGCAGCUGGGCGAGGGUCGGGGUGGGGGCAUGGCUGCCUUUGCUAGCACGUUUUGCAGACAUUCAGGUGACACUGGGUUGUUGCGAGACCUUCUGGCUCUUCCACCCCCCACGCUCCCCACCGUAGUGUGUUUCCGCCUCACUCAUCUUUAGUAACUGGCGAAACAACAGGGAGGAAACGGACAUCACUCUGUAUCGGAGCCAUGCCCGCUUGGGUCUCUGCUCCGUGGGUCCCUGGCUGCCCGACUUGGCUGGCAAGGCGCUCCUCUCUGCCCUCUGCAGAGGCCUGCAAAGUCCCAUCGAAAUGGUUACAGUGCUGCAUGUUUCAAGUUGAAUAAUGAUAUUGAAGGGGAGGAGUAAGUUCUGACUGUAACUUUUUUGUAAAUUCUGUGCUAGAAAGUACCACAAAGUCCCAUGCACGGACUGAAGGACUAAAUAUACCUUUCCUAAGUAGCUUGGUGUAGCAUUUAAUCUGUCCAUUUUCGAGAUUCCUAUUAGCCUUCCUAACAAGACUGUAGUAUGGAAGAAUGCUGAUCAGGGUAUAUAACUUUUGGAAACCUUUUGCGAAGAAUGAUUUGAACCAUGGGUGGGAUUGUGUGGAGGCGGGAGUGGGGGACUGGUCUGGAAUGGCUUAAAGGGGAGUGUGUAGGGAUCCUUGAAAAUGUUUGCAUUGGCUGUGGACUCAGCAGAGGAUUGAUUCAUUAUGGGAUGAAAUGCCAGUGCUGUUGAGAAUGUGCACACAGCCCAGCUAAAAAGAAGGGCUUGAGUGUGUUUUCACGGGGAGCACACCAAACGCACGAGUGAUUUGCUAGAAGUUGAAAUGACACCAGACUGAAAAGAUUUCCCAACAAACUUUGACGGGCAAGAAGUUCCACACAGGGUUUUUCCCUUUUUCUCCCUCUGAUAAAGUAUAUUCUUGACUGCAAACACUAGUAUAAACACAUAUACACGUUUGUGAAUAAAAUUCCUUUUGGAAAUAGUGUGAUAUGGGGAGGAGGCGACUGAGCGAGGAGGGGCAGGAGGAAGGUGGGACGUUAGAGAACUAUAAGCCACAGCCUGGUGGGACCACCCGCCUUCGGUGGAGAGGUGGAGAGGGCUCCUGCCGCCCUGCGCUGGGUCUCCUGGGCCUCUCUACCUGCGAGUGUUAAUCAGCUCUGUGGGGUUUUUUCCUCCUGUGAUUCCCCUUCCUUCAGGCUUACUUCUGCCCUGGGACCCCUCCCUUUCCCCUUCCCCAAAGGGUAAGUUCUUCCCUGGGGAGAGAGGCAGAACCAGGGUGCCUAGGCACUGCCUGCGCUGGAUCACCAGGGUUGGUCCCGGGGCAGGAGACAGGUGGAUCCCUGAAUUCUGUGGUCAGAGCGCGGGAGUGCAGACUCCCAUGUUUGGAGCUCCUCAGCGUGCUCAACUGUAAAAUCCAUGCCUCUUUUUUCCCUGCACACAUGCCAAGAAUCCCUUUAAUAUAAAUAGUAUCUCCAUAUGAACAACCUGACCUCUAGUUUCUUCCUUGAAUCCUUAACGGAAAAGAAUGGGGCCAGUUUUCUUUUGAGUUGGGAGGGGACGGAAUCUUUGCCUCCCCCUUUCCCUACUCUGUUGGAAAAUCUGCUCCCACCACCACGUUGUAGGAAGAUCCUGUAUUCUUGCAAACAGUGUCAGUGGAUGUAACAUUUUACCGAAUUUUUUAAGAAUAGAGGCUUAAUAAUUCACUGCAUGUUAGUUCAUUUUAAUCCUAGACCAAAUCUCCCCUAAGCAAUGUUAAUUGCUUUAAAUUUUAUGCAAGUGCUUCUCAUUUUUAUCGUCAUAAAAUCCGCUCUAGAAUGAAUUGAGUAAGCUUAAAUUCACUUAUUUGGAAAGAUGUUUGGAGGUUUUAAUUGUACUCUUUUUUUUUUUUAUUUCAGUGAACCAUUUGCACAUUUCAUUGCAUCUUAGCAGAAAAUACAAAUUCUUCAUUCACAGGGAGGGAUGUGCUUGUAAGCUAGACAUUGAUUUAGGAUAAUAAAGUUUACUAUUUAGAAAAGAUGUAAGAAGGGGUGUAUAAAAUCCCUAUAGAAUGUAUAAUUGAUGGUCCUUUAUCCAGUUCUUACCUUACUGUUUUGUGUAUCCGAGAACAACUUCCCAUCUCCCCCUCUACGCUCAGUCUUCAGAAAAGAAAAAGAAAGAGACACCCCCAGGUUAAGUCAGUUUAUGCACUAUUUUUAGCUUUUUUCGUAAGAAGGUGACAGAUUAUUUCGUUUCCAAAUAUUUCUAAGGAUUUUCUGCUCAAGUGUAAGAUAAUGGACCAAAGAGUUUGUAGGAAUGGCUAAGGGAAGGUGGGGGAUGGGGAAGGCGUUUUUGAUGAACGGUUUGUUGCUUACGGGAGGGGAACAGUAUUUUGUGCCGACUCUCCAGGCUGAGAUCCCCCCCCUCCACUUUUUUUUUCUUGUCUUCCUUUUCCUUCUUCGUUUAUUUCUCUUUUUUCCUUUCUUUCCUUUUCUUUUUUUUCUUUUUUUUUUUUCUUAAGGCAGGUCUGGUUUGGGCGACUUUGUUUUGUCUCCCAGUAUUGAAGGCUUUUACUCUGGACUUGAAUCCUCGCCUUUGGUUUUUGUUCAGAGGAAAGCGUUCCCCUCCCCUCCGCAGGAUCGCUCUGUUUCUCAGUAAACAAGACGAGGGAGUUUAGCACUUUUUAGUACAUAUAAGCUGGUGAUUCUAGAAGGGUAUAGAUUUGGAGAAUGCCUGCGCCGGUCCUAUUCUUUUUUCCUGGGGUUCCUGGAUUUUAGUCUCAAGUGGGUCCUCCCGUCGGAUUACUGGAAUCCUGCCCUCAUUGCAUGCACAUAUUUUUAAUUAAAGGGGGUUACAGGGAGGGUCUCCAAAUGCUCGCAUCCUUCCCAGCGUGUCUUUCUUGUCUUUCUGUGGCUCCCUGGCCCUUCCGCCCCUGCUCCGCGUCCCAAGCCCCCCGUUCGCUUUGCGCCGGCUGCGCUUGAACUUGUUUCUGGUGGAGCAGAAGGCGCGAGCUGCGGACGCUCACGCAGAGAUUUGUUGGUGUUAACGCAUCUGACAUCAACUAUUCAGCAGGCCGCUAUGACCCCUCAGUUAAGCCUCCCUUUGACAUAGGUUUCGAAGGCAUUGGGGAGGUGGUGGCCCUAGGCCUCUCUGCUAGUGCCAGAUACACAGUUGGCCAAGCUGUGGCUUACAUGGCACCUGGUUCUUUUGCUGAGUACACAGUUGUGCCUGCCAACAUUGCAACUCCAGUGCCCUCAGUGAAACCCGAGUAUCUUACCCUGCUGGUAAGUGGCACCACCGCAUACAUCAGUCUGAAAGAGCUCGGGGAACUGUCGGAAGGGAAAAAAGUUUUGGUGACAGCAGCAGCUGGGGGAACAGGCCAGUUUGCCGUGCAGCUUUCAAAGAAGGCAAAGUGCCAUGUAAUUGGAACCUGCUCUUCUGAUGAAAAGUCUGCUUUUCUGAAAUCUGUUGGCUGUGAUCGUCCCAUCAACUAUAACACUGAACCCGUAGGUACCGUCCUUAAGCAGGAGUACCCUGAAGGCGUCGAUGUGGUCUAUGAAUCUGUUGGGGGAGCCAUGUUUGACUUGGCUGUAGACGCCCUGGCUACCAAAGGGCGCUUGAUAGUAAUAGGGUUCAUCUCUGGCUACCAAACUCCUACUGGCCUUUCGCCUGUGAAAGCAGGAACAUUGCCAGCCAAACUGCUCAAGAAAUCUGCCAGCGUGCAGGGCUUCUUCCUGAACCAUUACCUUUCUAAGUAUGAAGCAGCCAUGGGGCACUUGCUUGAGAUGUGUGCGAGUGGAGACCUGGUUUGUGAGGUGGACCUUGGAGAUCUGUCUCCAGAGGGCAGGUUUACUGGCCUGGAGUCCAUAUUCCGUGCUGUCAAUUAUAUGUACAUGGGAAAAAACACUGGAAAAAUUGUAGUUGAAUUACCUCACUCUGUCAACAGUAAGCUGUAAAAACAGAACAAUGACAUAAAUCAAGGGAAAAAGAAAAUGGGCACUUUAUGUCUCAGAAUUACUCAAAUCAAUUUAUUUUUAGUUGGUAAUGGAUAUAAUAUUUCUUAAAACAAAAGUAAGGUGUUAAUGAAUAGGUCUGUCCUCCUCCUCCUCCUCCUCCUCCUCUUCCCUUGGGGGGAAAAAAAAGUGCUAAUAAAACUUCCCUCCAUGGCUGAGAGGGAAAACGCUUACAUUCAAUUCUUUAGUCAUGGAUGGUCUCGUUCCAGAUUUUGUUGUUGCAGGGAACUAAAUUCAUUCCUGAUGCCAGAUCUGAUCGAGUCAGUGUGUCUUCAGCUUGAUCAGAUUUUAAAAUCAGUUUUGAAAGUGGUUCCCGAAAGAAUCUUUGCUUUGGGAGAAUUUGGUCUUACGCUCAUAAGCAGUUCAUGAGUGAGAAGUGUAGCAAAAGCCAGCCAUAUAUUUUCAGAAUCUGUAUCCUCAGGAAAUGCUCUUUUUUUUUCUAUAAAUCACUAACCAACUAUCUAAAUGGACAUGUGGGGGAAUUUCCUCCCAAAUUUGAUUUUGUUAUUAGAAAAAUGAUUCUGUGAACACAGAUGUGUGUUGAAGAAGUAGCACGUAAUGGCUUUUAUCUACCAUCCCCCUGGUAAGGCACAUGUGAAAUGGAAAUGUUCUCUUUCCUCUGAAGCAGCAAAUUACUGUUGAAAACUUACACAGACAGAAAGUAGGUUUUGGAAAGGGAAACCACAGAGAUUAGGGGGACUUAAAAUUAAUAUAGGCACAGGAAAGAGAAAAGUAUGCGCUCCAUUCACAGUGAGGGUUCGCCACAAAACACGGGCCCGGGAGGGAAACACUGUCUAGGCACACCGCAAGGCCUUAAUAACAGUGUGCUGCGAUGCCCGAGGUACGGCAUGUCCCAUCGCCCUGUGCACUAUAGGGACCUCAGUCAUCUCAAGGAAGAAUACAUUUGCUUUUCCUUAGAGGCUUUCAAACUAGAAGCUAUAUGUUACCUCUGAUUCUGGGAACAGAACAGCAGCCACUCAUUCUGCAUUCCUGUUUCCCUCUCCACGUGUUCUGGUGGAAUGAGAUGCUCCUUAGCACUACAGCCUGUCCCACAUUCACCCACUGACCACACGGGAAAAGCAGCAAAACCUGCACCCUCUCUUCUGAAUCACGCCUGUGGCUCAUCGGCUUCCCACGUAACCUUUAGUGCCCUGAAGACUGCUGCCACUGUCACCAUUGCACAGAAACCCCACGGUGCCCUUCUAAUUGAAGGUGAAGCCCACCAGAUUAUUUUUCAAAGUCUUUGGUUUCGGUGUAUCUAACCUGCUCAAUAAAUAUGGACGCAAUUAAAGAUGCUCUAGGAAAAUUGGGGACCGUAUUUAAUUUUUCUUUCCUUCCAUCUCAGGAACAAGGAAAUCCUACUGCUGAAUAGCUGUUAGUAUGUAUUUUACAAGAUUUACUCAUUUUCAGGUACCUAAUGUAGCUGCUAGCAUGCAUGCACAACAAUACAAUUUAUAUGGUAAAUGGAACCAAAUAAUGGCUUCACUGAAUGUUAUGGCUGCACUGAAGGGAAAUGUCACGGUAAAUAGCUGCCAAAUUAUGGAUCAUGCCGAAGUGUCACAACUGCACUAAAGACAAAUAGCACUAGAGGCUAUUGCCACUGUGACGCUUUUGAGUUAUGAAGAAGGGUAGCGGCCUGAUACGAGGCUCUUUGUGUCCUCAUUAUAGCAAAGGGUUACUGGUGCAGAGGACUAGGAGAGCCUGUCCAGUGUGAUGCUUAGUUAUUCCUCCGUCCCUUUCAGACCUAACAGCCACAGCAACACGGAAAGAGACUUUGCCUCGCUUUUACAUUCACAAACAAACAAAGGGGGGGGGAGCAGGUUUUAUGAAUGUAACUGUGCACAGGAAAUGACUGGUAAUGGAAAAAUGUUGUAAUAAAAUAAUCUAAUCAAAGAAUAUUAUUAAAUUUAACAUAGUCGGUGUCCAAAAGGCUUAGUUGCCUCUUAUGCAGAUAGAUGUGUGAAAUCUAAGCAAUAAUGUACUUUCUCCCUUUGUAAAGACUUGGGGACUAAGGGCAUUACCAAUUAAAUUGCUUCUUCGAAACUGAAGUGAGUCUCGGUUUCUUUCAUUUUAAUGGGGGGGUAAUAAAGAUGAAAGACCAACAUUUUAACUGAUGGAUCCCUUAAGCUACAGAAUAGAAAUUUAUUAUGUUUUGAGGGAAUAUACUAAAUUCAGCUAUGUAAAAAUAAAAUUCAAACACCCAGGAUUGAAAUAAAAUACAAUCUGAAAACCUCAUGUUCUCUCUUUCCACAAACUAAGAAAGUGCGCUGCAUGCUGUUUUCACUUAUUCUUAGAAAACAAGCAUGAAAGAUUCCGCCCAUUCAGAUAAUGCCAAAAAUAUGUUUAACCUUUUUUUUAUUCUUUUGAAAAAUGAUUUGUAAAUUGAGGGUCAUAGUUCAGCAUCAGUUUCAUCUUCUGGGAUUAUUGUUCAAGACCAGCCUCUAAUGGGAGGUGAAAUGGUACGAUGGUCUCAACACCUUUCUUGUGAACUGUAAUACAUAUCACAAAAAGUACAUCCAUAAUUCAGGGCAAUUGUCAGUCUUUGUUUUAGAGAAGGGGCCAGGGUGGAACAAUCCCAAUGGGUAAAUUAUUUCUCAGUGUGGACUUCUCUGCAUGUAGGGCUUAAGGUCACCAGCCGGGCAGGGUGGAAGGAGCUUGGCUCUGAGAAACUGAGGAGUCCCAGUGAUCUGUUACCAUUUGGUUAUGACUUCUAAAGAGUCAAAUGCUAUUCGUUCAAACCUGUUUUGCAGGCAGAAAAAACCAGCAGUGUCAUUUAGGGGUUCCUUUGAUGAUGACUACUGCUGUUAACUGACUUCAUUUAAAAAAAAAAAUUUCAGGGAAUAGUUUGCAAAGAAAUGAAGUUUUGCAUCAUAUAUUCUAUAAAUUGUCAUAUGAUUUCAUCUGGAUGAAGUACCUCAGGAGUAGGAUAGAGUCUCUGUAAAUGGUCAUUAGUAUUACAUUCUGUGUUUAUCUAAUGAAAGUGCAGUGACAAGUAGCUGCUGCUUAUUAAAAUGAAAAUCCUGCGUUAUGUACUUGUGGAACAUUCCAGCUAAUGAGGAUGCAAUGUCCUCAGUACAACACAGACCUCCUUUUUGUGUUCACCACCACAAGAUGCUGGAAACUUGACAAAUGAUAUCAUUUAAGACACGUGCCUGCCUUAGGGACCUGGUUUUUGGCUUCCUGUUUCUGGCUUUUAUUUGGGUAACAUUUAUAAUAGCCACCCGACUUGUACCUGGGUAAUGUUUUAACCCCUUCCCUGGAGUUCUCAAUUAGCAUGAAUUUACUACAGUCAGGGUUUCCUUUAAAUUGGGGUGGGGGUGCUAAGCACUGAAAAUAUUUUUCUUGAUUACUUUACCAUGUGGACAUAUGGGAUAAAUGCUGUAUUUCAGACUUCUGUAAAAAUAGAUGAGUAAUGCACAGCUUUCAGAACAAAAACAAUGAAAAAAAGACCAGGCACUAUCAACUUUGGAUAACAAUCUCCUAGGUGUUAAACAAGUUUUCUGAAUGCAAUCUGGAUGCAAAAUGGCCUGAUUUGAUGAAUUCAUAAUUUUCUUCUCUAUACUUUCUACUCUCGUUUUAUUAAAUAUUUUAUUAGUUAAACACAAGAAUUAUCUAUGUAAACUUCGUGGACUUUUUUGUUGAAAGUUAGAUGUUCAGUAACUAAUUUCCUAGUUACGGCCCAGCAUUAAACGUUUAUGAUCAUA